UCAGACUGCUAGCAAACAGCUGAGAAGUGAGAUGGAGGAAGAUUUCAGACACAAGUGGCGACACGAAAACUUGCUAUAAUUUUUUUUAACCUUUUCUUUUGGUAUUUGUUUAGUUUAGCGAUAAUUAUAUGCCUCGCAGUAGUGUGGCUCGAUGAGCUCGCCUCGCUGUAUAAGCAGUGAAUCUGCCUGCAAACUAGUAAACACAGUUAGCCUAGGAGCUAAGCUGGCAGCUGUGCAGCUAAUUUCUUCAAACUAGUUAGCAUCGAUGAGGAAAGACAAUCCUGCCUUCAUUGUAAACAAGACUGAGCAGCUGGUCUUGAGUUAGCUGGCGGCUGGUCAAGGAAAGAAUACAACAGAAUGACAGAUGAUGCUAUCCUGCUGAAUGUACCUGUCAUUCGGCAGCUGUACCACUGGGACUGUGGUUUAGCCUGCUCCAGGAUGGUGCUCAAGUUCCUCCAUCCAGUCAGUGAUGAAGAGUUUGAGCGAGCAUGCUGGGACCUGAAGCUGACAGAGAGCGUGUGGACUAUUGACCUGGCCUACCUCAUGUGCCAUCUUGGAGUGAAACACUGCUUUUGCACACAGACUUUGGGUGUAGAUAAGGGCUUUAAAAAUCAGUCCUUUUAUAAGAAGCAUUUUGAUACAGAGGAAGACAGGGUGAACGAACUCUUCCUUAAAGCAGAGACUAAAGGUGUGGUGGUGAAGAAAUGUUCUGUGACAGUUCAGGAAAUCCAGUCUCAUCUGGAGCAGGGCCAUGUUGCCAUCGUGCUCGUCAACGCUGUGGUCCUGACAUGUGAACUGUGCUCUUCACCUGUCAAAUACUGCUGCUUCCUGCCUGUGGGACAGAAGUGUUUCUGCAGGAAGCCAGAAUACCAGGGUCACUUUGUGGUUGUUUGUGGCUUCAACAGGACCACUGGCUGUAUCUUUUACAACAACCCUGCAUAUUCUGACCGGGUUUGCUGCACCAGCACCAGUAACUUUGAGGAGGCCCGACGGAGCUAUGGGACAGAUGAAGAUAUCCUGCUCAUUUUCAAGGAGAGUUGAUGGACAAAGAAGAUGGAUUUGGAUUCAUCAUUAUAGUAUAGUCUAGUGGUGCCUCCUUUUGUCUGCUGUCACAGAACUCCUGUUUCUUUCUUUCUGGAGCUAAAACCACACACGUGUAUAUAUAUAUAUAUAUAUAUAUAUAUAUAUAUAUAUAUAUAUAUAUAUAUAUAUAUAUAUAUAUAUAUAUAUAUAUAUACACACACACGCCAAUACUACUCAGCCUUUGAGGGAUUCACAGUGAGAAGAUUCUGCAAUCUACAAAGGAUUUUCUUUAUUUCCUUUUCUUGAAAAGAGCAAAUUGUUCAAAUGAAUUUUAUUAUGUGUUGAAUUUAAAUGACUGCAGUUGCUCAUGGACUGAAAUGUCAAACUGUGGACAGAAGAAUUCAGACUUGUGCAACAGUGGAUGAAAUGUGGGAAACAUGACCUAAAAUAGGAAUUACCAGGAAGUAGCGUGCACAUAAUUCAGGCUGAGGAUGACUACAUAUAGUGUAUUCAAUUUUUUUGUUCUGCUCAGUGUUGUGCGAUGCUGCUCCUUUAUAGACCCCAGCCUCACCUCUACUUGCCUUUUACAAAUCCACUUGAUUCACCUCUCAGUCACUUUUUAUUCACAUGAUUCUAUCAACAAGGAAUCCAGGAAGUAAAGUGUUUUCAGAGUCUCAGGUAAUUAAUGACAUCAAAUGACGACACUAGUGCAAUGCAAUACUUCGUAGUCUGUCUAUGGAACUCAGUCUGCCGGCAGAAGAACAUCAACAUGGACAUGAUGAAACAAAUUCAUCAGAUUCAUUCACUUCACAGGAAAUACAGCUUAACAUUUUGUGUUGUGUUGCCGUGGAAACUUAGAUGGAUGCAUUGCUGGAUGAGUCAUGCUGUGUUGAAAUCAGUGAAGACAAGGUGAUUUCCUCAUUGUCACUCAGUUUUAUUUUGAAAUUUGAUGGUUUAUAUGUUUUUGCACUACACUUUUCAUACCAGAUAUAAUUGUGUUAUUUAAAUUAAAAUGCUUUUCUAGAUCUAUAAGAAGUCAUUUCCCUCUGGUUGUGCUUUUUGGUGAGAUCAAAUGGCAAGUUUUAAAAUGCAACCUUUAUUUUUUAUUGAACAUAGACCUGCAUUUAUUAUAUGUUGUGAUUAAAAGAUUUGAACAUA